AUGAAUGUUCUUCUGAUGAGACAUGUUAAGUCUCAUAUGAAAAUGCACACUAAAAAGACUGCUGCCAUGACGAAGGUGCAAGAGGAAGAAAAGACAGCCUGCGUUUUGAUCAACUCAGGGGGAGAGGAGUUAGAAUGGGAUCCUGCUAACUCUGGAGACAUUUCUGAUGUGCACCACACUGAUGAUCAGCAGCAGGAUAGACGUGUGGACCAAUCUUGCUGCUGCCAAAUGUGUGGUGAGAAAUUCCUGAACAGCAGAGCUCUGCAGCGACACCUGAGGACUCACCAUGGAAACAAACCUCACAAAUGUUCACAGUGUGAGAAAAGUUUUAAUUUCAUGAACAGGCUGAAGAGACACUUUCUAACCCAUACCAAAGAGAAACCCUUUACUUGCCCAGUGUGUAACAAAAGAUUCUCUCGGAAGGACCAAUUGAAGGAGCACCUCCGUAUACACAGAUGGUCAGCUGAAGGCAAGGAAGGUGCAGUAGCUCUGGAGGGAGUGGAGACUGCCCGAGCUCCCAUCAGCUCAGACACGUCACCUCUGGAGAGGAGUUCUGCUGUUUCUUUGCUCCACACAGGUAAUGCUCCUGAUGUUUCAUUACCCUGUGAUGUGCACACGGCCACGCCAAGCACCCCUAGAACUAACCAUUCUGUGAACACGACACCCAGGAAAUGUCUAAUGAAACCUAAGGCUGUGGAGCUCUUCAGCUGCACAGAGUGCAGCAAGGAGUUCCAGAGCGCAUACGCCAGAGAUCGUCACCUGAGACAGAAGCAUGGCAAACACCAGAUUCACAAGUGCUGCGACUGUGGACAGACAUUUAAAGCCAACCGAAACUUGAGGGUUCACCGGAGGAUACACCACCCGGGUCCUGCGGCGGCUGUGGAUUGCGAAGAGGAGCGCAGAGCUCCAAAGAUGUUUAUUUGUCCAGCAUGUAGGAAGCAGUUCCCUACGAGUGCCUCACUAAAACGACACGUCAUUAUUCACACAGGGAACAAACCAUACAAGUGCCCUUUGUGUGGGAGAGGUUUCACACAGAUUGGAAACCUCAAAACACACCAAAAGGUUCACAAAGGGAAAUUCACCAGCAUGUCAGCAUCAGAGAAGGGUUCCCCUCAGACUGAAGAGGCUCAGUCAUCACUGGAAAUCUGCUUCUGUCAUUUGUGUUGGACACAAUUUUCAGAUAAACAAGUAUUAGAAGAGCACUUGAAGCAAGCCCAUGAAUCAAAGAAACCAUUUUCCUGUGCACAGUGUGGCAAGAGAUUCAUGUAUAUGCAGAAAUUAAAAGAACAUGAAGUCGGGCAUGAGGGCCUGAAGCCCUACCAGUGUUCCCAGUGUGAUAAAGGUUUCCAGAGCUCAAAGGGACUAGAGAACCACAUGCGAGAUCACACAGGAGAGAAACCAUUCGCAUGCAUUAAAUGUGGAAAAAGAUUCAAGCAAGAAUCUACUCUGAGAGCACACUACGUGACUCACUCUGGAGAGAGGCCUCAUCUGUGCUCCAUCUGUGGUAAAUGUUACGCCAGGGCUGAAGAGCUUAAAGUUCACCUCAGAGUUCAUACAGGAGAGAAGCCGUACCAGUGCGACAAGUGUGGGAAGAGUUUCUACUACAGGCAAGGCUUCAACAACCAUAAAAAAACUCAUAGUGCCAAACCCAUAGGACCAACCAGGCAGCUCGGCAGACCCAGACUGCUGGGGAGUCCCAGGAAGUCAGACAGGCGCAAGAAGAUCUCACAAAGCGCUCCGCCUGAUUCAGAUGGAGAGGACCUGACCUGGGAGCCUCCUGACCUCGGAAACAGGUCUCCUCAUCAGCUCGGGAACCAAGAAAAUCAUCCUGCAGAGAACCACAACCAGACAUCCAGGUGGAAUUAUUGUCAUAAUACAGCAGUUGGUUUGUGGGACCAAAACCCAGAUACGUCUGCCUGGAGAGCAGCAGAGGGUCAAGAUACGUACUGUAGUCCAACAGGAGGGAGCGUCGCCUUCAGGGCCCACCUCAGAGGCGCGGCGGAGCAGGAGCACUUUGAGGAGAGCUGUCCAGCAGGACAGCCCUCCUGGCCCUCUGGGACUUCCUCUGUACCAGCACCUUCAGAGCUGAGUCUCAGCUCACAUCACUCACAUAACAGUACAUCAAAGAAAAUACAUUUGAGCAAGAGGACUGGAGAGGUGAAAGAACAUGAAGAACAGACACCUGCAACACAGGGCCAGGAUCACAGCCCAGCAGCUAAAGGAGAAACUCCAAUAAGGCCAGAACCUGUAGAUGAGCAAAGCUCCCAUGAACAGCCGCAGGAAAAGCUGCCUGCGGAGCCUAAACAAUACCAGGAGCCACGCAGACCCAAGAAGAAGUACGACUGUCCGGCCUGUGGAAGAGUUUUUGCCCACAAUACUGCUCUGCAGCGACACCUUGUGAUCCACUCAGGAAAAAGACCGUUUAAGUGCUUCAUAUGUGGACGAGGUUUCACCCAGAGCGGAAACCUCAAAACACACAUGAAAGUUCACAAAGGAGAGCUGCCAAAUUGGACGUUAGUUAAAGAGACGACGACUCCUGAAGAAUCUUCUGUUGCAGUUCAUGUAUGUGGGGAUUGUGGAAUGGACUUCCCUCAGAAACAACAGCUGGAAGAACACAGAGAGACUCACAAAAAGCCUUACGAGUGUCCUGACUGUGCCAAGACUUUCAAAAAUGAAUAUUACUUUAAAUUACAUAAGCGCAUUCACACUGGAGAUUCACCUUUCCUCUGCUCAGAGUGUGGAAAGAGCUGCGUUACAGCAGAUGCACUUAAAAAACACCAGUUGAGACACACUGGAGAGAAGAACUUUUACUGUGAUCAGUGUGGGAGGUCGUUUUCACAAUCCUCCAUCCUCAACGUCCACCUCAAAACUCACACAGGAGAGCGGCCUCAUCUCUGCUCUAUCUGUGGUAAAAGCUACUCCAAAGCAUGUGACCUGAAAGUUCACAUGAGAGUUCACACUGGAGAGAAACCGUAUACUUGUGAGAAAUGUGGCAAGUGCUUCUAUUACUCUCAAGGUUAUCGAACGCAUCUUAAGAUUCACGACAAGAAGCCAAAACUACCAUCAAAACCUCGGGGGAGACCAAAACAGGAGCUGUUAGUGGUAAAUAAACAAUAAUGUCAUAUGGAAAAUGUAUGGCAGGAAUCAUAUGUGAUAGAAAAGUAUAUGGUGUACACUCUGCUCUAUUGUUACUUGUAUUGGACUUCUGUGGGUUUUUUCCCCACUUUUGUCUUAAUUGCUUUUAUGUUGUACAUUCAAAAAUAAAACAAGUAACUAACAUCAGAA